AUGGAUUCUCCAAUGCAUGUUGAUAGUACCGCUACGGCCAGCGGUGCGUCCCCGUGUGAGACGUUCCAGCUGCGAGCCUACCAGGCUGAAAUGGUUGAAGAGAGUAUGAAAGCCAACAUCAUCGUUGUCAUGGACACUGGCUCCGGGAAGACACACAUCGCCAUCGAACGAACACGAGCCGAGUUGGAGACGUGCCAACCCGACAAGCCAACUUGGAAGAUCGUGUGGUUUCUAGCCCCAACGGUUUCGCUGUGCGAACAGCAACAUGAAGUCUUUUUGUCCAACUUGCCCGGGUUUGGUCACCAAAUCCUUUGCGGAAGAGACGACAUCGAGUUUUGGACCACUCAGAGGCACUGGGAUAGUAUCUUGACCAACGUCCGCAUUGUUGUGUCAACUCAUCAGGUGCUCCUCGAGGCACUCACACAUGGAUUUGUCAAGCUCACCAAGCUGGCUUUGCUUAUAUUUGACGAAGCGCAUCAUUGUACCUUGAACCAUCCGGCGAAUCAGCUAAUGACUAAUUUCUACAUGCCUCAAUUGCACGACAACCGCAACUCAUUACCCAAAGUUCUAGGCUUGACUGCCAGCCCGGUCAUGAAAGCAGUAGCUACCAGGCAAGGUCUUGAGCUAAUUGAGCAAAACCUGCAUGCUACCGCGAAAACCCCGAAACUACACAGGUCUGAGCUAAUGCGAUACGUCCACCAGCCAGAACUAGUGCAGAUUGCGUACCCAUCAUCGCCUGCGGGUACACAUUACUCUCAGCUGCUCCUUGCGUUGCAGGAAGCGUAUGAAACUUAUAACUUGCAGAGAGAUCCAUACGUAAUUGCUUUGUUAGAUCAGCACAGCAAAGGUUACGAUGUUUCUCGGCAACUGAACAAGCUUUGGAGCAGUCGAAAGACAUAUUGCUACGACCAGCUCAAACAACUGAAGAACAAAGCUGAGGCCAUGGCAGAUGAACUGGGAACAUCUGUUAUGGAAGGUUACCUACGCCAAUGCAUAGCCACAUUUGAAAAAAUGGCCGGUAUCUUCGACCAGCAGCUGCUCGAUUUGUCUACCAACGAGAGGCAACAUCUUCUGAAUGUGUUCAAGAGGUUUCCUCUCCACAACCCUUCAUCGGUAUCUGAUGGGAUCUUGGAUAACUUGUCUCAGAAGGUUAACAUACUGGUUGAUACGUUAGUCGCCGAAGCUGAAGGCAACCCAGACUUCACAGGACUCGUAUUUGUCGAACAACGAGUAUGGGUAGCGUCUCUCGCCGAGAUCCUCACAUGCCACCCACGAACUAAACAUCUACUACGAGUGGGUACGUUCGUGGGCACAUCCCAGUCGUCGAAGCGUAAAUCCAACAUAUCCGUGUUCGCCGAACCCAAAAACCAACAAACUACACUAGAUGACUUCCGGGCUGGUAUCAUCAACCUUGUCUUGGCUACGAGUGUGCUAGAGGAAGGCAUUGACGUAUCCAGCUGUCAUCUCGUAAUAUGCUUUGAGCAGCCGAAAAACCUCAAAAGCUUUGUACAACGUCGUGGAAGAGCACGACAGCAGCGCUCACGUUAUCUCGUUUUCGUUCCAGACAACAGUAACGUACAGUCGGUCAAGUCGUGGCAGUCGCUUGAAGCUGAGAUGAGGAGAGCUUAUGAAGACGACAAACGGAAAGUCCGGCUGGCCCAAGAGCAAGAACAGGUUGACGAGUACGGUGAGCGUCAUCUCAGAAUUGAGAGUACCGGUGCCCUUUUGACUCUAGAAAACGCUUCACAGCAUCUUCACCACUUCUGUGCUCGCCUGGGCUCGGGUACUUAUGCCAAUAUCACACCCGAAUUUGACUUCACCCACGACCGUGGACAAAUUACGGCCAAAGUGACCCUUCCAAUCUCCGUUGAUCCUAAGGUGAGAACUGCUAGAAGCUUGAAGACUUGGGUAACAGAAAGAAUGGCGCAAAAGGAUGUUGCUUUUGAGGCCUAUAAAGCGCUGUAUCAUACGAAACUCGUGAACGACAACCUACUUCCUGUGCGAGAUGACGAAGAAGAUCAGAUGGCGCAAUACCAGGUUCGCGAGGACAGGCCUUCCAUGAUACCAGUUUCGCUGACAAUGGACCCUUGUUGCAUGAUGGCUAAAUAUCACGAGCUCAACCCCCAUACAUGGUACCGUACUCUGCUUGAGGUGAAGACGUCGGGAGAAGAGCCAAUGCGUAUGAUUCUGUUAACACCAGGUUUGAUGCCACCUACCCAAGUUUUUUUGCUACACUGGAAUGAGACGAAGCAAUACACAGUGACGAGCUCACAGCUACCUGGUACCACGUUGGACGAUGGAGAAAUACAAUUGCUGCGCACCAUAACGUGGAGGGUACUGCGCUCCGUAUUUGGAGGGUAUAUCAAAGACGAUGCGAAUGAUUUUCUUUAUCUAAUUGCCCCUUGCGGCCCAUCAGACUGCAUGAUGUCCGAGUCUGAGCUCCGCAAUUUUCACACAGCGACAGAGGGGCAUCGAUCGGUAUCGGAACUUCUGUUUGGAGGGUACGUUGAUCCCGCUACCUGGGGUCUAGUCACGCUACAAGGAGACAUGCGAAAGUUCAUGGGAAAGGCUAUUGUCCCGUCGCAAUUACAGGGACCUCUGAACAUAGAGGAGACUACGAUACAGGCUGUGCGCUUGCCGAAACGCCGGGACUUUCUUCACCCGGUCUCGGAGCAUGAUAACAAGAACGAGGCCUACACCAGGAUCGAAAAUCUGGUGGCUUCAGCAUGCACUGUCGAAAAUCUACCCGUAUCAUACGCCAUCUUCGGACUACUGUUUCCAUCGAUCGUACACAAGUUGGAAAUAUAUAUCGUUGCAGAUACUCUGAGAACAACGCUUUUGAACCCAGUUGAAGUCGACAACUUACACCUCCCAAUACUUGUCACCGCACUCACAUCAUCCGCCCUAAACGAGGGCAAUGACUACCAGAGGCUCGAGUUCCUUGGAGAUUGUAUACUAAAGUUUAUAGCAUCUCUCCACCUAAUGGCAGCGAAUCUCCAAAUGCCUGAGGGUAUGUUGACGGGCAAGAAGGGUAAACUUGUUAGCAACGGGUACCUAGCUCGCGCUACACUAGCUGCUGGCUUGGAUCAAUACAUCUUCCACAAGCGCUUCACGGGUGCAAAAUGGAGACCUAGAUAUAUUAGUCAGGUACUCGCCGAAUCAACACUACCUGAGAAGCAAGAGAAGUCGUCGAAGUUAAUAGCCGAUGUUAUUGAGUCGCUCAUUGGCGCCUCGUAUAUCAUUGGCGGUUUCCCGAAAGCUUUCGCCUGUGUGCAAACUCUCCUGCCUCUAGAGAGAUGGACGCCAUUAUCAGAGGCCAAAGACAUACUGUAUGACGCAGCCCCUCACCAAGACACUGUUAUGAGCCUUGGUCUGGUCGAGAAGUUGCUCGGUUACAAGUUCACCAACAAAGCAUUACUCCUGGAAGCACUGACUCAUGUCACAUUUCGCGGGCUAAACACCAACUGCUCUUAUGAGCGUCAUGAGUUUCUUGGGGACGCUGUACUGGACUACAUUGUUUCAAGGAGACUAUUUGCACACAAGCCCGAGCUUUCGCAUCGAAAGAUGCACGGCAUACGAACAGCAAUGGUCAACGCCUCUUUCCUCGCUUACAGCAUGUUCGAGACGACAGUCACAGACGAGUUGACUAACAAAGAUACAUUGGAGCCGGAAGUACAUCACCGAGCUCUAUGGCAGUUCCUUCGAUCCACGAGCAACGCACUUGUCGCUUCGCGAAUAGUUGCUACACAGCAGCAUGCCGAAGCUCGUGAGAUAAUUGCCACCGGCCUAAAGCAUGAUUCUCGUUUUCCUUGGCAUGCACUCUCGUUGACUGACCCACCAAAGUAUCUUUCAGACAUAGUAGAGAGCGUUAUUGGCGCCCUAUACAUUGAUAGCCACGGCUCUAUUGCCAUCUGCGAAGAGUUUGUUCGCCGUUUGGGAAUUAUAUCGUGCCUGGAACGUAUCCUACGUGAUGGUGUAGAUUGCCUACAUCCUAAGGAACGGUUGGGCAUUCUUGCUGUCGACAAGAGUGUCAAGUAUGCUCGAGUCACGAGCAACCUAAAGAGCGAAGGAGCGAGAGAUUCUGGUGUGCCGGAGAAAGGAUACAAGGUUCAGGUCAAGAUUGGGGGAAAAGACGUCGGUGGUGUAGUAGAGGGGGUGAAAAGGUUGCAAGCUGAGACUAUUGCCGCCUGGAAGGCCAUUGGCGUACUUGAAGGCCGAGAUACCGAGGAUGUGAAAAUGGUUGAAGAUGAAGAGGAGGAGAGCGAUGAGGAAUUCUUUGAUACUGAUGAGGGUGGCGGAGUUAUGCUAGAGGGCUUUUGAGUUUACAGCAGAUUCGCAAAUACUAGAUAAUCUACAAGUACCAUACCC